AGUGGGGCCUUAAGCUAUAGCUUGUUUAACUUAUAUGUAAACCCGGCACUGGCUCUAAUGAUUAAUUGGAUCAAUGCGGUACCCCUGUCCAGAAACCCAUCUCCCAGGGCCCAACACCUUCCUUCCUUCCUUCCUUCCUUCCUUCCUUCCUUCCUUCCUUCCUUCCUUCCUUCCUUCCUUCCUUUAUAUACCACCGUUAUCUUCCAAGCAUCUCAAGAUGUACAUGGUUUGCCUCCUCCCCAUUUCACCCUCCCAGCAACCCUGUGAGGUAGGUGACUGGCCCAUGGCCACCCAGGGAGUGGGGAUUUGAACCCUGCUCUCUCAGGUCCAACACUCUUAAAACCCUUCAUGCCCCACUGGCUGUUUUCAUUGGCCUUCCUCAGCUGGGUGCCCUCUGCCUGUUUCGGACGUCCGGUCCCUUGGCUGGCGCAGGGUGGAGUAGCCCCGUCCUUGAAUGCUGAGUCUGGGUGUUUUUCGGGCAUGCAAAUAUUGAUCCGUUCUUUCUCCUCCUCUGCCACAGGGUCCUUGGGUGACCUUUGUCCUUUCCCCUGCUUGCCAGAGCUGAUGCUCAAAAUGUCCUGCUCUCACGAGAAGACCACGAGAAGCCUCUUCGUCUGCCUGGCUCUCGUCACGCUGGGCGACACCCGACUUUCCUUCCGGAGAAAAGGGUGUAGACCACCAGAGCCGCCCGCUCACAGUGCCUACCGAUGCCAGGCCCCCCUGUGCCAGGAGCCUCUUCCAGGCUCAGACCUGUUCGGACCCGAAACGGUGCUGGAAUUCUACUGCCUGCCUGGAUACGUCACGACCAGCCUGCCAGCCCUUGCCUUCUGCCGAGGAGGGCAGUGGAAUAUGCUGAGAGACCUCGCUUGCAUGCCCCCAGGAACUCCACGUCCCGACGCCUUCCUCUCCGUGGCCUCCGUCCCCAUGGUGCUGGCUGCCGCCGUGAUCUUUUCCGCCAUCCUGGUGACGGUUGUGGCUUGUGUCCUCCUGAAGUCGAGACUCCACUUCUGCCGCUGCCUCAGUUCCUACGAACCCCUGGACGACCCGUUGGAGCAAGUGGAAGAGCUCGACGUGCCCGGACUGGACUGCAGCGGAGGCCCCCUCCCCUCAUACGAAGAGGCUGUCUACGGUCACACGGGGUGCCCCUCGCCACCGGCGGCGCAGGGCCCGACCCCUCUGGUCCUUUCCCAGGAAGCCUGGGCCCCCCCAGAUCUCUGCAGCCUUGGAGAGGAGCCACCUUCGUACGAGGACUCCUUGGUGGCAGCUUCUGCCGAAUCGGGACCCGCCCCAGGAAGAGAGUCAUCCUCCCGGCUCCCCACAUCGCUCUUGCCCCCAGGUGCUGGAAAGAAGGACGGUCCUUAGCCCACGUUGCAGCGCUUUUGUUGAUCCGCCUUGGAGCCACAAUUUCCUUCCUUCCUUUCCCCUCCACCCUUUUCCAAGUGGCUCCCUGUACAAUCUUGGAGGGGGGGCAAGAAUUACGGGGGUGCCCUAAGGAAGCCCUGCCCCUCCCUGAUCAAACGCUGCUAUUGGAGGGCAGUGGUGGGCGGAGUGAUGCAUCCGCCAAUGAGGGACUGACUUAAUACCCCCGGCCAAUCGUCCUGCGGCAGUGGAGCCAUAUUGCAGAUUCAAUGGGCUGGUUGGUUUUCCGUGUCAGGACACAAGUAGGAAUUCUGUCCUGAGAAUUUUGGUUGUUGUUUUUCUUAAUUUACGUUUUAAUUUUAUUUUAAAGCCUUUUUCUUAAUUCAUUUUAUUUCCCAAAGCAAAACGUGAGUGUGUGGAUAUGGGUGAAACUCAUAAUUCCUUCUCUCCUAAGCCUUCCUUGCCUGCUGAGCUCAGAAAUCUCGCAGCUUGGAGGCUGCACUGGGUGCCUCCAGGGGACCAGUUUGGAUCUGCCGCUGACUGCUCCCUUGCCCCAGUAACGGAUGGAAGUCUUGGCCCAAAUGGACCGGGGGAACUGUUCAUAUAUUGACUCCCUCCGCUGAAUUUGGUUCUGCAGGAACAGACUCGUGACUUUGCUGAAGAGGCCAGCCUGAAAGCAGUAUUGACAUUUGCAAGAACUCUGGGUUAAUCGCCCCACGUUGUCUCAAUGUACACUCUCCGAUAUACUUUUGAAUGCUCUUUGUCAUGUUCAGAGA